CAUAAAAUAUAAUGGAGGUGAGGAUGAGAGAAAUGGAGAAGAAAAAAUUGGGUUUUCAGACAGCAAUAUUUUCUUUUUUACAGAGGUGGAAACACCUAGAAGCUCUUCUAGACUUGUCACCAAACACCCCCAAAACAAAAAUGCUGUCUACUGAAAAAUGUAAAAACCCCAUGAGGGAAAAGCUCAAGGGGAUUGAUUUGAAUUAUGAGCCAUGUGAUGAUUUUGCUGAAGCUGUUGGAAUCGAGGGUAAGAAGCUGGAAGAAAUGAUGGAAAUAAUUGAAAGCUUCGAUAAUGAAAAGCUGAAGAAUAUUGAUGAAGAAAUAAAAGCAAUAAAGUUCAGUAAAAUAUUUCUUGGAGAACGCGCCGCGGAGCUUGAGUUGAGGGAAAAGCAAAUUGAUGCUAAAGCACUUAAAAUUGAAGAGAAGAAUCGGGAAUUGAGUUCCAGAAAAAAGAGAAUUGCAGCUUAUUCUCAUGAAAGUAAUAGGGAGAUUGCUGAACAACUGAGAAAAGUACACUUUACCAGAAAAGAUAAUGAAGAGUAUGCCAGGCAGCUAGAGUCGCAACGUAAGGAGCUGGAUGAUGGCUUCAGGGCAUUGGAGGGCAAGAAGAUGGAAGUUGCUAUUGCUCGUGACAUAUAUGCAGCAAAAUUGCUUGAAAUUAAGGAGCAGGAGUUGAGGCUAAAAGAAAGGAGCGAGAAACUGGAAUCAAGUGAGAAGGAGGUAAAAGUAAUUCGUGCUGCAUGUGAAAAAAGGCUGAAGGUGAUUGAAAGUAAGGAGAGUGAAAUUGAUUCUGACAAAAAACAGAUAGAAGAAUUUCUCAAGGAGUUUACACCGAAGCAGAAGGAACUUGAUGAUGGUUUCAAAGAAUUGGAGAGGAAGGAAAUGGAACUAGCCAAAAAGACUGAGAAAUAUGCUGGUGGUUAUAUUUCAGAUGCAGGUCCCAGCAAGAAUCAAACUAAAAGACCAAGGACUUCAUCUGAUUCGACGACUCUGGGACAUAUAGCUCCAGCGAGAGCUGAACUGCCUCCCCCUCAAGGAAAUCAGACUGAACUAAUUCAAUAUUCAGACAGCGGUGAGACAUUCUGGACACGCUGCCAAUCUUGCCAAGUCAGGUUCCGGCAUCCCAAACGUCUUAUAAAUGCAGAGCUGACUUGCCGGGCAUGCUCAAAGAAAUUUAGAGCAUACGAGCUAGACGCCGAGUUUGUGCCACCAGAAUAUUAUACCUUUCCGUUAGAGGUAUUGAAGUUUUUGGACAAGACAUCUGGCAGAUUUGCAGCCUGCAGGUACCAACUGAGAAGUGGAAGUCAGCAACAGUGAGAAAUGAAAAUUGCAGGAUGUGCUGCCCGUUUCACCUGUCAUUAAGAAAUGUUUGUUUUUUCGGUCACAUUUAAGAAAUGUUUGUCAUUUGAAUUUGUCAGUACUUUUGUUUUUAAGUACAUUUUUAUUUCCAGAUCAAUAAGUACCUUUAGAGAUCUAAUUGUUAUUCUAUUGAUGUUUUUC